AUAUGCAAUUUUAGCUAUUUUUAUAUAUUUUAUUUUUAUAGGUUAGUGUCAGAUUUUAUAAUUGUACUUCCGCAUAUUUAUAUAGGUUAGUGCGGGAUAGUAUAAAAGUGAUGUACUACAUGCUGUCUUAAAACAGUUCAGUGUACAGUUGACCAGUGGUCAGUAUAGUAUGUCUGUGUGACAGCCGAAGAUCUUUGUGGUCUGUCGUGUAAUUAUUUUAUAUUUCUGUACCUGGGACGGCCUUUGAGCAAAAACAGGAUGAGCGGCCUCUUGAUUGAGCCGAGUAAUUUCAGACAUUUUGGACCACGUGGUAUAUUUUACAGAUUGUUGGCAUAUACUGUUGUCAUCGUCUGCUUAGCUGACUCAAGCAGGUCGCAGUCAUGCGUGCCUACCGACUGUAUUACGUCACAGUGGACAGACUGGACCGAGUGUACUCAGUCUUGCGGAACUUCCGGCCUGAGGGAGCGGAAACGAACAAUUCUGUCUCCGGAAUCGUGCGGCGGAACAUGCUCCGGCAAGGUCAUCGAGAGUGAGCCUUGCAACGUGCGCUGCUGCGCCGAGAACUGUGACUUCACGGCCUGGACCUCCUGGACAUCCUGUCGUUGCUCAUCCAACGUCUGCAGUGACCCUAGUCCAUGGUCAGUCUGUGUCCGGUACAGGGACAAGGUGAAGAACGCAACUUGUGGAGGCUACUGCGAUAACAUCAUCUUCCAAACACAAUGCAACAAGCCUUGCUGUUACAAAGAUUGCAUUAUGGGAAGCUGGGGACCAUGGCAAGCCUGCGAUGCCAGAUGUGAGUCGGACGGUUUCAGAGUUAGGAAUCGGAUAGUCAUCCAAGAAGCGGACUGCGGAGGCAACAGAUGUGAAUAUGAAUCGGAGACAACGACAUGCAAGGGUCCGUGUUGUCCACAGGAUUGCGUCAUCGGGCAGUGGAGCGAUUGGUCAAUCUGUGAUGCGGUAUGUGGGGUAGGUAAUAUGACCAGGACACGAUUCAUCAAGUACCCAGUGUGUGGUGGAGCUAACUGUACAGAAACUGAGGACAGGCAGAGUGUCCUGUGUGAAAGAUUUAGCAACAUCGACUGUGUGAUGGCGCCGUGGUCAGAAUGGACAGAAUGUAAGCUGAAUAAUAGUUUUUGUGGCGAAGGCACCAAGAAAAGGCAACGGUCAAUAGUUAUCAACAGUCAGUGUAAUGGGCAACCCUGCCCACCAGCAGAAGAAACUGCUCUUUGUUAUGGCAAUUGCUGUGUCACAGAUUGCCAAGUAGGUAGUUGGACGCAGUUUGGAUUUUGCUCUACACAAUGUGGAGAAGGAAAAAAAAAUCGAACUCGUCCCAUUCUGGUGGCUCAAUCUUGUGGUGGAGCGCCGUGUCCAGAUGUGAUUGAGUUUACGUCAUGCACUGCGGAGGACACCACAAAUUGUUCAUUUACGGAAUGGUCGAAGUGGUCAGAAUGCAGUACGGACUGUGGGAAAGGGAAAAGCAUAAGGACCCGAACACUUCUAACCCCAGCUUAUUGUGGUGGUCAGUGUCAGGAUAUUUUGACUGAAAAUCAAUUAGAUUGCGAAUCUUAUACAGCGAGGAGAGACUGCCAGGUUAGUGCCUGGGGCGAAUGGGGGCCAUGCAUCAGGAAUUGCGAGCGUGGAAUGCAGAGGUCAUCAAGAAAUGUAACUGUUGUUGAAGCGUGUGGUGGCAUCCCUUGCUCAGGCCAAUACAAUCUUACACAAACUCGAACUUGUCACGAGAAGUGUGAACAGCUGUGUAACCAGGGAAGGUGCAGCUGUAACCUUGGUUACGUAUUAAAUGCCAAUGGUUACUCUUGUUCUAAGCAACAGUGUUUAUCAAGUCCCAAAAUUGUUUACUGUGGACCAGGAACUGUUGCCAUUGAGUCUUGUCUCUCUGUUUAUAUCUCAUGCAAUCCCUCUGGCUCUUACUUUGGUGAUCGCUGCAACAGUUCUUGUUCAAAGACUGGAUGGAUAGUUAAAGGUAGUCCAAACGUUAUAGAGUGCCAGGCAGACGGAACAUGGACAUCCCCAAAAAUAUUCUGCGGUCCGCCUAAUAAAGCUCCAUUAAGUAUCAAUGUGAACGCAACCAAUGUAUCAGAACUUCUCAAAGUUGGUCAAUGUUUUGCAAAAUUGACCACAGUUACAGACAAUGAAGCCUGGGACAAACAUAGCUACUCUGUUAUUGUUGAUCCCUCUGGUGCACUGAAAGCGACCAAUGACAGUCUGUGCUUGAAGCAACUGGUGGAUUACGAAACUUCUGCUUAUAGAAUAUGGAAUGCCACAAUACGAUCCACAGAUCUAGAUGGAUUGUAUGUUGAUGCACCUUUUACAUUUAAACUAAUCGAUGAAAAUGAUCCCCCGAGAUCCGCUAAGUUAGUACCCAGCAAUUUCCCAGAGAAUAGUCCAAAAGGCACAGAAAUCGGAUGUUUUGAGCUUAUGGAUGAUGAAGCUGGACAGACUUUGACUGUUAGCAUGCUAACUAGUGCCAAUUUGUUUGAACUGUUUAAGAAGAGUAGCCAAACUUGUUUGAGGGUGCUGAUGGAAUCCAAUGUAAAUUGCUCAACACUGGGAGGAAAACUUUGUGCAUUCAAUUAUGAAGUUAAAAGUCAAUAUUUUGUUGCCAUCAGUGUGAAAGACGACGGUAGCCCGCCUGCUGUGGCUUACUUUAGUAUUGAAAUUAAUGUGACAGAUAUCAAUGAACCAAUCACUGAUGUUACUUUCACUCCUGAUGCUGUCGCAGAGAACAUAGUCCCUGGUAAACCACUAUUGCAGUUGACAGCUGUGGAUGAAGAUAAGAAUAAACAGAGCAAGUUUGAGUUGCUGAGUGAUCCAUAUGGAGUGUUCCGCAUCAACAAUAAUACCUUGACUGCCACAGUGUCACUAGAUUAUGAAAUAAAUCCAACAAUCAAGUACAACCUCAGAGUCAGAGGAACAGACCUAAUUUCACCUGUUUCAAGUGUUGAUGUUAAUAUAAUAUUUGGUGUAAAGGAUGUAAAUGAACCUCCAUAUAUGCUGCAGCUGACAUCAGCAAAUGCUUUGACAAACUACCAAACUAACAAACCACUAGCAAAAGAAAAUGUACCAGCUAUUGUGGUUGGCACUGUAUCAGUUCUAGAUCCAGACAAAGGUGACAAUAUUACUUUAUCUGUCAAUAGUGACAAAUUUCGUAUUAUUGGUGCCAAGUGUAGUGUUCUGGCUGGUAACAGUUCUACCUACUGCACUGGCAAACUGGUGUGCUUGGCUGGAUUCAACUAUGAGGAAGCUCAAAUGGUAUCUGUAAAAAUCAAAGCUCAAGAUUCACUUCUUUUGGAUGUCCAGCUUGAUGUCAAUAUUACAGUUAUCAAUAUGGACGACCCACCUAAAGAUAUCCUAAUCAAUGACAGUGUUUCAGAUAGCAUAAUAGUUUCAGAGAACAGCAAAAACUCCACAGUGGCAGUGUUAAAGACUAAUGAUGAAGAUGUGGAUGACACUUAUAACUAUUUUCUCUCUGGUCCUAUGGCAAACCAGUUCAGAAUAGAUGGGAACAUUUUAUAUACAACACCCUCAUCUAAUCUUGAUUAUGAGACCUAUCUUGUAUCACAACUUAUCAUAACCACUGUGAGUACAAAUCGUGCAGGGCUGUCCAUGGUGAAGACAUUUCAAAUAAUUGUGAGUGAUGUGAAUGAAGCCCCAACUAAAGUUGUUUUUUCUAAAACCACAGUGCCAGAAAACAGCCCAGAAGGAACUUUAGUUUCAGAGUUGUCCGUGUUAGACCCAGAUAACACAGGUGCCAACACAACUGCAGUGCAAUCGUUUACGUUUGAACUUUUGGAUGAUGCUCAGGGUAGAUUUUAUUUGAAAAAUGGACUAUUGUUUGUGAAAACUUCAACUCAGUUCUGCGGACAAAGUACUUGCUCAUUGGACUUUGAAAGCCAAAGCAGUUUGAGUGUAACUAUAAGAGUUACAGAUAGUGGAACCCCAUCUUUAAGCUUGAUUAGCAGUCAGACCAUAGCAGUAACAGAUGUCAAUGACCCACCCAGCAAUAUUCAGAUCAGUACAUCACAGAUAAAAGAGAACAAGCCUUCAGGAGCAAUUAUUGGAACUUUGUCGGCCUUUGAUCAAGACAAAAAUAGUUUAACUUACCUUAUUCUUAAUAACACAGAAGUAUUUAGCAUUGAUGAGCGCAACAACCUGAUUCAACUUAAAAGUUUGGAUUAUGAGGCACAAAGUGUCUAUUUUGUAAAUGUACAAGUCACUGACAAUGGAGCUCCAUCAAUGAGUAGUGUGAGCUCCAUUAAAAUAGAUGUUAUGAAUGUCAAUGAAGCACCACUGUUUCUUGGAACAAACUUUCUCACUGCCAAGGAGAAUUCAAACAUGGGUACAGAGGUUGGGGCACUGCUGGUAACUGAUCCAGAUAAUGGGGACUCUGUUGAGCUUACACUUAAAACUUUCAAAGACAUAUUCAUAGUUGGCAACAAGAACAUUAUCAUAAAGGAUACACCAGGAACAAACUAUACAGCAAGUUUAACUACUGGUGUGAUAUUGGAUUAUGAGACGCAGUCAGAAUAUUCCGUAUCUCUAAGCCUGAUAGAUAAACAAGGACUGGAAACUGUUGUGACACUUACAAUAAGUGUCCUUGAUGAGAAUGACUUUCCACAGGAUAUACUUCUCAAUAAUAUAACAACAUCAACAUUGUCAGUAAAGGAAAAUACACUAAGUACAUUGGCAGUAUUGACAGCAAUUGAUCAGGACAAGUCUCAGACUUUCUCAUUCAGUAUAAUAAGUCAGCCUGGAGACAAUUUUGUGGUGAUUGGAAAUGAGCUUAAGGUAUCUGUAGCACUGGAUUAUGAAACUAGCAAUGUAAUCAACAUAACCCUUGAAGUGACUGACAGUGGGUCACCACCUUACAAGAAACAAAAGAUGAUGACUAUAAAUGUUAUGGACAUGAAUGAACCCCCUUCAGAUCUCAAGUUGACCAACAACAAGGUUGAAGAAAACAGUAUUGAUGGUACAGUGGUUGGAGCAUUUCAAGUGUCCGACCCUGAUAACAAGAUUGGUUUCACCUUCAGUUUAUUGGAUAGUGCUAAUGGAAAGUUUAGAAUAAAUGUCGAUAAACUAGUGGUUGUUUCCCCUGAGCAAUGUACUGUGAAUCAACAAAGGCUGUGUUCAUUAAAUUAUGAAAAGACUUCAUCCCACACAGUCAAAGUGAUUGUUACAGAUAGUGGCUCACCUCAAGAAAGUGCCAUUUUUUCUUUGACAAUAGAUGUGACUGAUGCUAAUGAUGCACCCACUGAUAUCGUGCUCAGUGACAACAAAGUAGAUUUUUCGGCUAAAGCUGGCACAGUCAUCGGUCAAUUUAAUGUCAUUGAUGAGGAUAGUCAGCAGACAAAGACUUUUAUCCUCAAAGAUGAUGCUGGAGGGACUUUUAAGAUAAUGAAUGGUACCAGUACCCUGAUUAAAGCUGAUGUUCCAUUAACCACCAGCAGAAUGUACUCUGUUCUUGUUGCUGUGCAAGACAAUGGCAUUCCUUCAAAAAGUUCAGAGCAAACUUUCUAUAUCAACAUUGUUGGUGUUAACGAAGCCCCGCAAAACUUAACAGUUACAGCCAACAACAAAUCAAAACAAGUGGACACAGAAACUAUUGCAUUUAAUGAGAGUUUAGCAAUCAAUGAUGUUGUGGCCAUAAUAAGAGCUGAAGACAUUAAUUUGGACCAGAAAAUCUCCUUUUCUCUUCUGAAUAAUGAAAACAACCAGUUUCAGCUGGAUAAAAAUGUGUUUUGCAAUGUUGGGGCAGUUGUUGUGUGUAGUUCAAAUAUAAUCUUGGCCAAAGGUGUAAAUUUUGAAAAGCAAGACAAGUAUAAUAUCAUUCUUGUUGCCACAGACUCCAAUAAUCAGCAGACUUCAAAGGCCAUCUCUGUUCAAAUUUUGGAUUUAGGCGAAGCCCCCACAGAUAUAGUGUUCAGUGCACUUUCUAUUACUGUGGCAGAAAACAGUGUGAGUGUUGUGCUUGGAUCAUUCACUGCAGUAGAUGAAGACAAAUCUGACUCUCAUAGUUUUACUUUAGAGAACAACCCUGAGAAUAUAUUUAGCAUCUCUGCCAGCGGAGAGUUGUCUGUCACUUCAGGAGCCAAACUUGACUUUGAAACCAAGUCUCUAUAUAACAUCACUGUGGUUGUAACUGACUCUACCAGAAAUUUGUUUAAGAAAAUCUUCAAUGUUAAUGUGCAAAAUGUCAAUGAGCCUCCAUCAUCUGUGAAACUCAUUAAUAAUACAAUUCCUGAGGGGAGUGAAGCAUACACAGUGAUUGGAGAUCUUUUUGCAGAUGACCCAGAUAACAAUAAUUUGGUUGUUAACUCAACAUUGAAACAAACAUUUGAAUAUUUGCUGCUUGAUGAUGCAGGGGGAAGAUUUCAACUAACUCAAUCAACACUUAAGCUGACUCCUAGAGGUGCUCAGUGCACUGCGUCGUGGUGUGGCCUUGACUUUGAGACACAGAGAAUUCACCAGCUGCAGGUGCAGGUGACUGAUUCUGGCUCACCUAAGUUAACUGCAAAUCUAGCCUUCACAGUACAAGUCCAGGAUGCCAAUGAUGCACCAGUGUUUAUUGGUGCCAACCUGCAGCUGAAAGAGAACAUGAAAGUGGGCGAGAAUGUCACCAGGUUGUCAGCCUCAGAUGCAGACGUUGGUCAGAACUUGACAUAUAAAAAUGAAUCAGACAUCAAUCCUUUCACUAUUGUUGGAAAUCAGCUUCUGUUAGCCAAUCCAUUAGAUUUUGAAUCCAACCCUACUAUUGUGGUUCAAAUAACAGUCAUGGAUUCUGGCAUCCCAGCUUUAUCAGCAAAAGCUAGCUUCAAUUUUGAGAUACUGAAUGUAGGCGAGGCACCAUCAUCUCUAACUCUAGUGAAUUUGAACAGUGCACAGUCUGCUGUGUUUACUGUGGACCAGCCAGUCAUUGGAGAAAAUACUAAAUUGGGUACUACGAUUGGACAGUUGACUAUUCUAGACCCAGACUUUGAUGAAGAUAUUACUGCUACUGUUUCCAAAGAUGUCUUGAAAGCAGAAAAACCAAGUUGUUUGACUGUUACAAAGCAAGGAUCUCGUUGUGUGUCCAGUAUUAUUCUGAACAAAGCUCUAGACUUUGAGACACAAAGCACUUACAGUAUUGGUCUGUCUGUCAUUGACAAAUAUGGGCUCAGGUUGGACAAGAAUUUUACCCUGCAAGUCAAAGAUGAAAAUGAUCCACCCAUUAACAUAUUGAUUAACAAUGAAGUGACCAGCACUAUCAAGGUGAAGGAGAACUCACAAGGAAUGAUUGUAGCUAACCUUAGUGCCAUUGAUCCAGACAAAGGUCAAACUUUUGUCUUUACUGUGUCUAGUAGCACACAGUUUUAUAUCACAGACAACACACUGAAGGUCUCAGUAGCAGCCAUCAUAGACUAUGAACGAAUAAAAACUUUGGCCCUCACUUUGAGGGUAACAGACAGUGGACAGCCCCCAUUGUCUCUAGAUAAAAACAUUACAGUAGAAGUUCUUGAUGUGAAUGAAGCUCCAACAACAGUGGUUUUAACAAGGAAUAAGGUCUCAGAGGAUGCCAGCAUUGGAAAUGAGAUUGGAAGUUUUGUGACCACAGAUCCUGACAAUAAAGAAGUGAUACGCCAAUCAUUUGUUUAUGAGCUUUUGGUUAAUCCAAACAAUAUCUUUGGAAUAAGAAAUGGAUCUCUUGUGUUGGCCUCUGCUCAGCUUGACUAUGAAAUGAGAUCUAGCUACGUCAUCACAGUGAAGGUCACAGACAAUGGUUCACCACCGUUGUCAGCCCAGUUUGAUUUCAGUAUUGAGGUUAUUAAUGUAAAUGAAGCACCAACUAAUUUACAGCUGUCAGCUACAACAGUUUCUGAAUCAGCUUUCAUAGAUAGUACAGUGGGGGUGCUAUCAGCACAAGAUUCUGAUGUGGGGCAAACCAUAACUUUCACUGUGGCCAACUCGGACUGUUUUUCUGUCAAUGGGAAUCUUCUAAUUGUCAGUGGAAUGCUUGACUUUGAAACGGCCCCUCGAUUAUUAGUGGAAGUAACAGCAACUGAUUCUGGCACACCACCCAAAUCUGUGGCAAAGAAUUUCACUAUCACAGUCACUGAUGCUAAUGAUUCCCCAUUACUGAUGAAUUAUACCUCUGUAAGUGCUAAUCAGACCAUAGAUGAGAAAACACUGGUGAAUGCUGUGGUUGGAUCCAUAGAAACUUAUGAUCCGGACAACCUUGACAGAAUCAGCAUAGAGCUGACAGAUGCCUCUGCCAAAAACUUUAAAUUGGACACAGCAGAAGCCAUUUGUAAAUUGAUAUUUGUUGAAAGCUUACGUUCAACUUGCACAGUCUGUUCUCAGAAGGUUCUCCUUGCCCAAACUGUUCGAUACAUCAUUGACUCACCUCCCCUAGUCCUUGAAGCUUUUGCCAAAGACAAGGGACAGCUAAGUAUAACAAACAGUUGGAAAAUAACUGUUUUGGACAGUAAUGACCCCCCUUUUAACAUUUCAAUUGAUGCAACAAAACUUGAGAUUCCUGAAAACCAGCGCAUAUACAAGCUUGGGUUACUGACCUGUGAUGAUCCAGAUAUUGGACAGACACACCUUUUUCAGGUCAUAACCAAUUAUGAUGUUUUUGCUGUGGACGCCUCUUCUGUACUCGUUAUUUUAAAAGCGCUAGACUAUGAGCAGCAGCCCUCAUAUCAGUUGACUUUACGUUGUGUUGAUAGUGGCGUGCCUUCAGCCAAUUACUCAAAGACAUUUUUAAUAGCAGUGUUGGAUGUGAAUGAACAACCCAGUGAUAUUAAACUUUCUAAUAGUGAUAUUUCAGCUGCAGCCAAAGAUGGAGAGACUGUUGCUUUCAUUCUUGUCACUGACCCAGAUAAUGCUGGAGCAAACACCAAGAAACAAAACCACACCUGUGUACUUAUUAAAGAUGAAUCUGGAUCAUUUAAAGUUGGUAAAGAUGGACUCUCACUGCAGAUUUUAGUCAAGCCUCCUGUGAAUAGAACGUCUGUUAAGAUUCAAUUAAAUUGUUCAGAUAAUGGUGUUCCUAGUAUGUACUUUGUGAAGGACUUUGAUAUAUUCAUAAGCAACACUGCCCAAGUGCCUAAAGCUAUUCAGUUGACUGGCAAUAGAAGUGUGUCUGAGAACAGCAUUAAUGUUGAAGUGGGUCAACUAAGUAUCAUCAACACUUUAACUGAAACUGAAAUACCUGGAACUUACAAUUUUAUUGUUGACUCUGGUAAUUUUACUGUUGAGAGAAACUCUUUGAGACUUACAACUUCAUUAGACUAUGAAACAUCUCCAGUACUCACCAUCAUUGUUACUGCUUUGGGUUCUGACUCAAAUAAUAAUAAAGUUAACUUAUCAGAAACUUUUAAGAUCCAAGUACUGGAUGUCAAUGAGCCACCAAAACAAAUCAAUAUUUAUGGUGGAGGACAAGUUCUAGAAAAUUCUGCUCCAGGGACUGUGGUUGGUGACUUGAACACUGUAGACCCAGAGCUGUACCAGACUUUUACAUACACUUUGAUAUCUGUAGCUGUAGGGUUUGAUGUGACUCAAAGCUUACCAGAGCUAUUGAAUACAUUCCAAAUUUCUGGCCGCACCUUGAAGAUAGGUAUAAACAACAGUAUCUUGGACUAUGAAACAACACCAGUGUUUAGUUUAGUUAUACAGACCAUGGACUCUGGAGAUCCACCACUUGCACUGAAUGACACAUUAAGGAUCAUAUUAUUGAAUGUCAAUGAUGCCCCUACUGAUGUCAAAUUAAAUAACUCACUUAUACCAGAAAACACACCAGCAGGAACACUGGUUGGAGUGUUCUCAGUAGUGGAUCAAGAUGUGAAUCAAACUUACAGUUGUGUGGUCAACAAUUUGGACUCAGUCCCUUUCACAGUUGAAAGCUCUCUGAAUCUGAAAGUUUCAAAAGCAGAAUUAGAUUAUGAGACUCAAAAGUAUUACAUUUUACAGGUCACAUGUCAAGACACUGGCAGUGAUGGCAGUCACCUGAAGGUGACUAAAUCUCUCAUGAUAAAUGUGACUAAUGUCAAUGAGCCACCCUAUGACCUCAGGUUGUCAACAUACAGUAUCAAUGAAAACAAUAUUGUAGAUCAGCUUGUUGCUGAGAUAGCUGCAACUGACCCAGAUAGCCAGCAGACAUUCUUUACUCUAACGGAUGACAGCUCAAGUUUUGACAUUCACGGAACUGGUUCCUUGGUGGCAAAGAAAGUUAUUGAUUAUGAAACCAAAUCUAAAUAUACAAUUAGUGUGAAAGCAGCUGAUGAAAAUGGCCUAACAUCAAAUAGCAGUUUUGUAAUUCAGGUGAUUGAUGUCAAUGAGAAGCCAACAGAUGUUAAACUAACACAGAAAGUUGUUUCAGAGUCUGCACCAAGGGGAACGGUCAUUGGGUCAAUAGUGACACAAGACCCUGACCGAAGACAAACAUUUCAGUACAACUUGACAGAACCCCCUCCAUCUACAGAUCAUUUCUACAUUGUUGGGGAUCAGUUGCUUGUUGGUCAGACCAGUUUAGACUUUGAGUUCUCUAGUGUCUAUAGGAUCUCAAUCACCAGCACUGAUAGUGGCAGCCCAGCACAGUCAUUAACUGUUGACUUUGACAUUCAAGUUACAGAUGCUAACGAGCCACCUUCUGGUAUAAAUGUUCUAAGCAGCCCCAUUAGUGUUUUUGAAACAGCAAGCAUUAACACUGUCCUGUCUGAUAUACUAGUCAUAGAUGUAGAUAAGAACCAGACUCACUCAUGCCAAACUGUGGACAGCAAACUGCCAUUUGUUUUUAUCACAUCUCUGAAAGGAACAAUACAAUUGAUUGUUGGUAAUGUUCUCAAUUUUGAAGCUCAGUCAAUCUAUCAUGUGAAUGUUAGUUGUUCAGAUGGAGAGUUUAGUAUCUAUCAGGUCAUAACCAUAACAGUGAAAGAUGUCAAUGAGCCCCCCACAGCUAUUUCUCUUAAGGGCCCUCACUUUUUGCCAGCCACUGCCAUUGCACCAUACCCUAUAGACAGGCUCUUGGCAGAAGAUGAUGACAUAGGCCAAAUGUUCACCUUUAGCACCAGUGGCACAAACUCAGAUCUAUUACAGGUUCAGGGAGUUAAUCAACUUGUGUUGGUAGCCCCUAUUCCCACUGAACUAUUGGACCAGCCUGACCCUUCCAUUUCUGUAAUAGUACAAGUUGCAGACAGUGGGCAGCCAGUCUUAACCUUUGAGCAGUCCAUUACAUUGACCAUAACAGACAUAGACAUUGAGGAUCUGAAACUUCCUGAAAUAACAAUCAAUAAUACAGUAGUCUCAGAAAAUGGAUUGGUUGGUGACUCUAUAGGAAUGAUCUAUGACCAGAACACCACUGUGGCUAGUUCUGUUACUUUCACUAUAGCUAGUGAUCUCAGCUCAUUAUUCAGUAUAAAAGAUAACAAAUACUUGAUCCUGUCCAAGAAUAUAAGUUCCUAUUUUGGAAACUCAGCCGAAGUAACCCUACAGGCUAAAAAUUCUCAAAGCCAGCAGGUCAAGACCAGGACAAUAGUUAUUGUUAUAUCAAGGUCAGACAAGUGCUACAACAAUGGCAAGACUUGCAGUGAGAAUGCCAGGUGUAUUCAAAGGAAUGACUUAUCUUAUCAGUGCAGGUGCAAUGAGGACUUUGAAGGCGAUGGUUACUACUGUCAGCAGAUUGACAACUGCAAAGUGAAUGUGUCCAAACCUUGCAAUCAAGGUUUGUGUAAAGAUGGCAUCAGCUCCUUUCAGUGUCUGUGUGAUGUUGGGUACACUGGAGCUUACUGUGAGGUCCCCCCAGUCAACAGUGAUCCAUGCAAAAAUAACACUUGUCAAAAUUCUGCUGCCUGCAGGCCAACUGAUGACAAACAGACAUACACUUGCGUUUGCAAGCCAGGCUGGACAGGGCAGAGAUGUGAGACUGAUAUAGAUGAUUGCUCAGAAUCUCCAUGCCCAGACUACCAGAGAUGUGUUGAUGGCACUGUGUCCUUCUUUUGUCAAUGUCCAGAUGGCAAGACAGGUCAUAGAUGUCAGUUUUACAUAGAUGCAUGCUCAGACAACAUCUGCACAAACAAUGAAAUAUGUGUUCCAAAGGUGGAAUCUCAUGAUUACACAUGCUGCCCAAAAGAAAAUAUUGUUUCCAUUAUAUUGAAAUGCUCAACCCAAAACAGUACUGACCUAUGCAAAACAUACUUUCUGGAGUUUGUACUAAAGAAUGGGCGUUUCCCUUCCAAGGCCAAGCAGCAAACUGGUACCAUGGAAUUGGCGGGCAGAAAGAAAAGGGCAAUAACUCUUCAUAACAUGAUAGGCUCACUUCAUAAUUUCUUUUCAGAUCUGUUUUUUGACAGCAGUGCUGAGAGAGUUAAAAGACAAACCUCUGUGGAUUCAAGCAAUGUCACAGUUUAUGAAGUAGCCUUUAAUAAUGUAACACUAGAGAUCUCUUUUGUAGCCUUGGACGAAAGUUACAUCUCUUUCUCUAAAAACGAAACAGUGCAAGCUUUGGGAAAAACAUGCAUUUCCAUAGUUGAAAGUGGCCAGUCAGAGAGUGUUGGUUGUACCUCCAUUAUGACUGCCUACAACCUAUACACCACCACUACCAGUGCCAGCACCACUGCAACAACAACAACAACAACACCCCCACCCAAAAAGUCGAUCACGUUGCCAAGUGGAGCAUCAGGAUUAACAUGUGGGAGCUCAGUUUACUUUAUUGCUUUGUGUAUUCUCCUAUACACUUUGUAUGUAUUUUAGUAAAACUGAAACUCAGACUAUUGUCUACUAUUUAAUGUAACCCAACUCAUUUGAUUACAUUUUAUUUUCUGGAUUUAAUGUUCUUCAUUUUCUUCAUUUCAUCAAUAAAUUUGAUGAUAGCAACACAAUAAUAUUUUAUUUUAAAACCUAAUAGAUCAAUUCAGGCUUGUGUGUGUGUGUGUUUUUGUAACUUAUUUCAUCAGCUAAUGUGAUAAUGGAAGUAACUUGCAUAAUCUAAAUAAAAAACUAUGCAGUUGCACAUCAUGUAAGAUUUUGCCAGUUGUUUCCAUGAAAAAUUAUGAAUGUGGAAAUGGCUUUUAGUUCCUUGUUGAAAACAAUUUUUUUUUUAAUUUUUAGAUAUAAAGAACUAAAUUUUACAUUAGAAAUUAUUUAAUAAUUCAGAAACUAUGAAGUUGUCUUAUUCACAGUGUUCUAAUUUGCAGAUUUAGUUAUAGCUUUAUAGGUUAUAAGAAACUGUUUUCUAAGAUGCAUUGAAAUGUUUUGCUCUAUUAAGGAAAACAUCCAUAGAAAACUUUAAGCAGAAUUACACAAUAGUUAAACAUGUUUAAUAGGAAGUUGAUGGACAUUUUCAACAUAAUUAUACAGACACGAGAAAGAUAUAAGGUUCAGUGUGACGUUGACUAAACAGUAUUCGCAAUAUUGAAAUAUUAUUUGUUAUAAUAAAUAAAGCUGUGAUUAGUACUAGAAAAGGCAAUAGUGGUUCAAAUUGUCAGAUUGAAUUAAAAAAUUUCAUAUUCUGUUACUUUUUUUGAAACUAUAAAAAUGUUAUUCAGUAAAAAAUUCCCUUUCAGACCUUGCGAUUUAUGGGGAGAUGAUGUAAAGGUAUGUAGCAGAUGAUUUAAAGGUCAUCUGUUUCUGUUUUCAAGGGUUGGUGAGGGUGUCAUGUGUGGCCAACUCAACUGCCUUUACUUUUCCACAACUAUUGUCAGGUAUCCAUUAGAGCUGGGUGGACUCAAAGGAACCCUAAAAAGCCUGAAACUAAAAAUCCCAAGAUUUGAACCUAGGACUUCCACCCUCCCAGUUCGGAAACCCAGCACUUAACCACACCGCCACUGCACCUCCUUUUUAUUCAGUAGCAAGUUGAUAAUUUUAAUAAAUUUUUAUUAAUAUUUUUUUUUUAACAUGUAUUCCAAUAAAUUGUUCUCAGAACUACUGGUGCUAUACAACAAAAAGAUGAUGUUUGAAUUGAAAUGAAAGAACUGUUCAAACUGUCUAUAGAAAGUGAACUAUUUGACUUUCUAUUUUUAUUAUUUAAUGUAAUAAGAAAAUCUAUUUUGUUUUUUAAAUCUAUAAGUAUGUUUUUAAUGCAGCUUUUCAUGUCCACUGUACUAUUUGUGGGUAGAGCUAUAAUUUGAAGAGUUCUAGUUCUGCAGAUCACAUACAAAUUGUGAGGUAUGCUGAAAGUUAGCUUUUCUGAUGUUCAUUUAUAAUUUUAUAAUUUCUGUCAUUGUGUAAUGGUGUUGUUAAGGCUUUGUCUUUAAGCACUCAUUUCAUCUAAUAUAUAAAUAUGUUUAUUUAUAAUGGUUGUUGAUAAGUUCUUAUAGUGCUCUCCCUCCCCUCUUCUUUCUUAUGGAGAAAUCUAAUAAUAGAUGUAAAUGAGUAGUAAAAUGCUAGAUUUAUUUCAAAGCUGUCUGGGUUUUUAGUAAUCUUGCUUCAAUUAGAUGUAGGAGGUGUCAAUUUUAUUCUGCCCAUAAAUGAUGACGUUAGCCUCAAAGGCCAAUGUGUGGUGGAAGUAGUGGAAAUGGUUUGAGAGAUAAGAACUAUUAAAAUAAUUACGAUCAAGCUGCUAUCAUCUUUCACCUUUAUCUUUAUUUGUCAAACUCUCUUUCAUGAGCAUGGUCGCUUCAUAUUGAACUUUGAGAUAACAUUUUAUUUAUUCCAACAAACGCUGACUUCACCCAUCCUCUUGAUUCAUAUCGUCUAAAUAGGUUUUGUUUUAAUCCUGUUUAAACAUUGCUGUGUUAAUAGCCUACAUAUGUUACUGAUCUACUAUUAACAUUUAGACACAAAAAAUAUGGGUAGAUAAUUUUAAGUUGACAUUAAAUUUUAUUCUUUUAUGUACAAUUAUUACUUUUUGGCUAAAAAUGUCAGAGGUUGAAAUAAUCAAGGGAGGAAGGGACUGGAAACUUUACUUUUAUCUUUAAAUUCACUGCUUGUUUUUUUUUUGUGUGUUUUUUUAUAUUGUCUGUAACCAACAUUUUAAACAUGUCACUCCCAUAAAGAAAUAUACAGAGCUCAUUUGAUAGGCUUGUUAUUUUAAAUAGUCCACCAAUUGACCUAAUUAGAUUGUUAGAAUUACUGCAAUUAAUUUAAUUUCCCCCCCCCCCACUUGGAUUAAUGACAGAUUUUAUAAGCUGGAGGUGAUGUCUUUUUUUUUUUUUUUUUUAUUUACUGCUUUCUUUGUCUUUCAUCUAUUUAUUGUAUAUUUUGUACAAGUGUCAAGCCUUCAAAUGUGAGGCAUAGGGGGUGUAACCAGGAUUUUUUUUUUACUUGUUUCUAACAGCAUUCAAGUAUAUUUCAUCUGAUAGCUGUUUUCAUUAUGCACGAUUUUGAUCUGUUUAAGUAUUUUGAAAACAAGAUAGUGACUAAAACAUCCAACUCACUAAAUGAGGGGCUCAAUAAAACUACAUCUCAACACUUAUUUGUUGGAUGUCAACUCAAUAGUUCAAUUUUAUCAAAAUAUCUAGUCAGCUCUUUCUUUAGCCACCUGUGUGUUCCCUUUGCAUUUGUUUGGUUAUUAGUCUUUGACACAUUAUACUUUUUUUGUAAUUAUCUACCUAUCUUUGUAUUACAUGGCCAGUAAUCUUAUCAAGCAUUAUCUGUGAAAUCUUUGCAUUUAACCUUUACAGCUGUAAAGGAGAAACAAAAGUACUUUGUCUUUAAUGGUACAAACAUUUGAAAUACUGUACAUGUUUUCCUAUAAUUUAUACAAAAAAAAAGCUCAAAUUAAUUUGAAGGACAUGGCACUUGGUGUUAUUGUACUUAACAAUGACAAUGACUUUUGUAUACUAUUUUAACAUAUUCAUGACUACUGUGGCUUGAUUACUUAAAUUUAAAAGUAUAGCACUAUGAUAAACUCACUAUUUUUACUCUAAAUAUUUCUUUUAGGUUUUCAGCAUGACCUUGAGAUAAUUAGAUAUGUAUACACUCAGAAAAUCAUGCAGAUAAUCUAAGACUUACCCUGACAUUUUGUGAUUUUUAAUUUAUAGUCAAUGAAGUAAAACCAUGCUUAAACCUAAUAAACAAAAAUGUUUACUGGGAAUGAUUUUAAAACAUUGACAGAAUGUAUGUUCCAUUGGUUAUGGCCAUUUUAGACUGAUAUUUACAUUACGAUUUCUUACAACAUGGUAUUGUGUUAACUAAUUUUAAAAAAUUCCAAUCUGCAAACUUGUACAAUGAAACCUAAUUAGAAUUUUGUUUGGUGGUAAAUUUUGUUAUGGAGGAUUUUUUUUAGGCAUAUUUUCCUUAAUUAAUUAAGCAAAUUUUGCAUUGAAACACUAUACUCCUAAAUCUUUAGUUAUCUUCAUAAACAAUAAUAAAUAUAAAGAAGAAA